AUGGCGCCUAACUUGGAUAAACUACUUCAAAAGCUUUGGGAAAAUAUUUGUCAGUAUUCUGCAAUUUGACAUCAGUCGUGCGAAAGAAAUAAUAUCUUUGCAAGAUAAGAUACUUUCAACUGGUUUGGCCCUAAUUUUGGACUUUAUUAUCGAUAUAUUCGACUGAUAUUUUUUUUCUCGAAAUACGAAGCAGGCAACCAGAUAUGAGUGAGUUUCGCAUUCACCAUCAUGUUUCAGAGCUUCUUUCGUUGCUUGGAGUUUCUGCUGGAGACGGACCUGAAGUUUACACCGAAAUGUUGACAAGAAACAUGACACCCUAUGUUACAACUCAGGUGUCAGCUCACACUUCCAAAAGCAAAAUUGCAGAAUCGUCACAGACUCCAAGAGAAUUCCUUAAAAAAUACGAUGAACUCAAAUCAAAAAAUGUCCGUGAACUGGAUCCAUUGGUUUAUCUUUUGUCUAAAGUCGUUGAUGAUAGACAAAUGAUGUCAUUUUUUGAGAGAAACAGCAAAACKCGUAGUCGUGCAAGGCUUAAUGCUCUCAAGGGUGGUAAAGCCAGUGUACAAGCCGUUCAAGAUGCCAUUCCACCAGCUGGGACAAUGACACCUCAAGAACUUAGUGAA